ACGGCAUAGCAAACGCGAAGUUAAACGAGCGACCUAAAAGGAUAUUUACGAAUAGUGAAAAAAAAAAAAUAAAUAAAAUAAAACAGAAAUAUGUUUAAAAUCGUUUUGUGUGUGCUCAGCACAAUCCUGGUGGCGGAGUGCGCGCUCCCCAGCCACAUUUCGGCUCGAGCUGAUAUCUCUUUGGGCAACUUUCUGCUGGCCCAUCAAGGACGCGCCACAACACCGUCAUCAAUGCAAUGUUUCAGUGUUUAUGUGCCGCUACUGAACGAAGCGUCCAACCAGUGGGCCGUAGAAUAUGAGAAAUGCGUGAAAGCGGCAGAAGAUGGUCGUGAUAAUAUUUUGGCGCAGGCGAGCUCGCAACAGAAAGACAUCUCUACUUUGGCCGCUAGCGUUUGUAGUUAUAUGCAAUCGUGUGAUGUGACCAGCGAUUCAUUGUCGGCGCUCGACUGUUUCGCCUACUUGUCAUCAAACACAUUAUCCACCAUUUACACCGUCUCCAAUAAUGCUUCCGAUCUGGCAGCCAGCUUGCGUCAGCAAAUAAACCUUAUUGACGUCGAGUCCUAUCGCUGCUCAAACGCGAGUGAACGUCAGUAUAUAGAGCGCACGGGACAAAUCUACACGGCGCUCAAUUUUUGCUUGGAUAAUGGCCCDCCACCAACAAUAGCACCACCCACMACCUCCACUGCCGUCACUCCUGCUCCAGUGUCUGCUGCCGUAAAUGAUAUCCAACUGAUUUCUGCUCCUCGUCGUACGCCUCUGGGUAUUAUGAACAGUCGUUCGGCUGCUGCUAAUCCUGCACCGCAGAGUAACUUAAUUACCAUUUUAAAUAACUCUUUASAACAAAAUGGAGACCAAAAUGUGUAAAAUUUUGAUAUAAAAUAGUGCCGCAAGAAAUUCUGCUUUACUGUUACAAGUAGUAUAUGAGGAAGCUGAAGACACAAAACGUUUUACACAAAUACAUAUACCUAUAUAUUUAAAUCCUAAAGCAGUCACAAGUGAUUUAUUGGUAUUCAACGCAAUUAUCUUAAAUAAAUAUAAAACCAAUUCGAGCUCCUUUUCCGUAAGGAAAGGAAAUGCUGUAAAUUCCUGGAAAUUAUCGUAUAUAAAGUCACAAAUAUUGAGACUGCUCCGACAUAUUCGUUGCAUGAACGUUAAGGAAACAUAUGUAUAUUAUGUAUAUAUGUAUACCUCCCGUAGCAUAAAAAAUAUUUUCUUUUAAAGUUCAUAGUAUCUUCUAUCGAUCAAACAAAAAUAUUACAUYUUUCACUCGAAAGAAAGGAAAAAGAAAAUAAGGUAGAAUGAAAAAAMAGUAACAGCCAAAGAAAAAAUAUAUAAACAAUCAAACCUACAUAAUUUGUUUCCUCAUAUKUGGAAUUUUAAUAUUUAAUUAUUUUCUGUUCUUCUAUUUUUGUGUUUUAUUUUMAUUGUUUUCUUUCGUGCUAAAUCUUAUCACGAUCCAAUUUUUUACGUCUGCCUUAGUAAUAUCUUCAAUGGCAGUCUGUAUUUCUUCGCUUUUCCCAGACUUCUCUUUUGUCCUACCGUUACUAGUUGAUAGCGCUAUUUUGAUUUAGGUAUGUGAAUUCUGAGAAAACAGCAGAAUUUAUGACGAUUCUGUCGACGCGGCUUAACCCGCACAUCAAAAGUGUUUGUAUUUAAUUUAUCAUUGUGGCGUUUUCACAUAAUAUAAUAAAUCUAAAGCAAUACUAUUUGACGACAGUAAUUCCUCGCUAGGUUUCAAUGCCCACGUCAUAUUUUGUUCUUUAAUAGUAGUUCUACAAUGUACGACGUUAACAGCGACAUCACAAUCAGGAGUAAUGAAUAGAAACGCGAGUGAGAGCGAGAUGGAACUAAUCUUUAAUGUGGUUGUAGAAAAUAACAACKAUGAUGACAUUGGACACUAUAAGAUACAAGCCUACCAAUCAAAAUCUGUUUAAAGAUAUUCAAUAAAUUCGUUUUCUUAUUAA